AGUUUCAAGUCAGCAGCGUCCCCAGCAGCCAACAAAGAGCCAUCGUUUCCGACGAGUUUUUCCACGGAUUUUGGUUCGUUGGGGCAAGGAAAAGUAUUUUCCACCUCCCCUCCCAGGAAGUGUUUGGUGCAAAUGGAAGUGUGAUCAAAUAUUAAAAUCAAUCAUGCAGAAAGGCGAGAAAAUUCUACUGGAGGAAUGUAUCGUGUCGGGACAUUUCGGGGAAUGCAUUCCAGCUGGCUGAGCAGUGGUGGAGAUUUUUGGGGAAUCUCUCUGAAAAAGACACAGGGAAAACGAACAGAUUUUUUUUCCAGAAUAAAUCAACGUUCAAUCAUCGAAAACACCCAAUAACCGUAGCGCAAGACACUUUGUUUACAAACAUGCAUCCAGAAUCCCGCAGUUCCGACCAGCCACAAUCAUUCACCACACAGUCGCUGCUUGAUAAGACCCGCCGUAUCACCGGCACAAAUAUAAUGGCUACAAUCACUUCGACUAUGUAUAACGACUGCCCCCCAUCCGGACCGCGCGCCGUUGAUGAAUUUAACACUUUGACCGGCUCCGGACACUUAGUUGCAAUUGAGCUGUCUUCCUGGUUGGUAGCGAUGAACACGAAAGUGACCGCAGUGCUCGCGACGUUGGCGCUACAGAUCGUCCUGGUCUGGCCCGCAGCGGUUCCCGGUUGUCCGGAGGAACCCUCCACACCACCAGUGUCAGCGGAUCCAUCCCCCUGGACCGCCCGAAACCCGGAACAGACGAUGUACGCGUACGUGCGCUGCCUGAACGACUCGACGGCCAGCGUAGAGCAGAAGAUCCGGUGGGUCCGCUGGCAGCCGGAUGCGUCCACCGAGAGCCAGUGCUACGUCAAGUGCGUCAGUGAAGAGCUGCGACUGUUUGACGUGCGCGAGCGCCGAUUCCGGCCGGAACGGUUCGUGCUGCAGGCAGAGUCGUACGGUCGGGGGGACGUCAACGGUGAGUUGGACAAGCUGCGCACGAACGCGGAACCGAUGCUCGCGGGAUCGCUCGAGGAGGCGACCUGCGAGGCCGUGUUCAACAAGUACGCGACCUUCUACACGACGCACACGGAGACGAUUCUGCGAAUGUUCCACGGAGAUCACCGGGAUUUGGUGGAAACGUAUGGGAAGUUGGGCGAUAAGGUGAAACAGAUCGGGGAGACGUUCGUGGCGUACUGUGAGAAGCGGUACGGAGGCAGCUGGAGCGAGGACGAGGCUUGUCCGGCGUCGGCGCUGGUGGAUUGUGUGCUACGAGGGUUCCGCUGGAUUACGGAGGAAGGGGACGUUAACGUCAACGAAAUCCGCCGUGACUACGCGGCUGCCGGGUUCGGCGAUAGUGGCGAAGCCAGCUGCCAGAACGCGUCCGGUGCUCGUGAACUGUUCCACUGUCUGCGAGAGGCCAGCCCCGCCAGCCUGAACCAAGUGAUAAGGGAGCGCAACCAGCGGACGGCAUUCUACUUCGACGCAGCGUCCCAGGAGGAACCGUGGCGAUCGGCCGUCGAGUUUGGCCAGCAACGGAUGCAGCUUUAGUGAUACUUGGAUUUGAAAUACUUUCAAUUUUUUUAAAUAAAUUUGGUGUUGUAAAUGUUGUAUAUCACAAAA